AGUGCUGUCUACCCCUGCCCAGCGUGUGACUCAUGCAAAAUGCAGCUGUCUUUAUGCAGAUCUUCCUCGGCAAAUCUCCACUCACGAUGGGGGGAAUGUUCGUCAUAUUACAUUGCAGUGUUCUUCAACAAGAGGAAUGGUUCCUGAACAGGACGCAGCUCAUGUUAAUGAUGAGCAAAGCUCUCUGGGGCACGAACCCGCUGAUCGCAUCAUCUCGUUCACGGCCAGUCUGUUGGAUGAAUGGUCACUGUGAGCAGCAGGUGCUAAUGAGCUGAGCAAGCAUUCUGUGGCCCACAGCUAGUUCGUGCAGUUGGAGCUCUCCCCAGAUUCUCGUGGAUGGUCCCCAGACACCCCCUUUUCUCUCUUCACAUGGAAAAGCCUCAUGACCACAUUUUGGCAUGAUCUCUUCAAAGGGAGUCCCUUGUUGUGGCAAGUUGUGUUGUGUUUGGUUAUCUGUGGUGAAGAGACCGUGUUCUGAAGGCUGCGCUGAAGGCUGUGGCGGAGCAGAGAGCCUGUGUGGAGUGGAUGGGAGACUUGCUGAAUAACAUGGCCCCUUGCCAUUAGCCAUGACCACAUUUUUCACCAGCGUCCCCCCCUGGAUUCAAGAUGCAAAGCAGGAGGAGGAAGUGGGCUGGAAACUAGUUCCCAGGCCUCGGGGCCGGGAGGCAGAGAGUCAAGUGAAGUGCCAAUGCGAAAUUUCGGGGACACCCUUCUCAAACGGGGAGAAGCUGAGGCCUCACAGCCUCCCCCAACCAGAGCAGAGACCAUAUAGCUGCCCUCAGCUGCACUGUGGGAAGGCUUUUGCCUCCAAAUACAAGCUGUAUAGGCACAUGGCCACCCACUCAGCCCAGAAACCCCACCAGUGCAUGUACUGUGAUAAGAUGUUUCAUCGCAAGGACCAUCUGCGGAACCACCUGCAGACCCACGACCCUAACAAAGAGGCCCUGCAUUGCUCCGAGUGUGGUAAGAAUUACAAUACGAAGCUGGGCUACCGGCGCCACCUGGCCAUGCAUGCUGCCAGCAGUGGUGACCUCAGCUGCAAGGUGUGCCUGCAGACCUUUGAGAGUACUCAGGCCUUGCUAGAGCACCUGAAAGCCCACUCACGCCGGGUAGCAGGCGGUGCCAAAGAGAAGAAGCACCCCUGUGACCACUGCGACCGGCGCUUCUAUACUCGUAAGGAUGUGCGGCGGCACCUAGUGGUGCACACGGGCCGUAAGGACUUCCUAUGCCAGUACUGUGCCCAGCGGUUCGGCCGUAAGGACCACCUGACACGACAUGUCAAGAAGAGCCACUCACAGGAGCUGCUCAAGAUCAAGACAGAGCCAGUGGACAUGUUAGGCCUACUCAGCUGCAGCUCUACAGUCAGUGUGAAGGAAGAGCUGAGCCCUGUGCUUUGCAUGGCCUCGCGGGACGUGAUGGGGGCCAAGGCCUUCCCUGGCAUGUUGCCCAUGGGCAUGUAUGGCGCCCACAUCCCUACCAUGCCCAGUGCAGGUGUGCCACACUCCCUGGUGCACAACACACUGCCCAUGGGUAUGAGCUAUCCCCUGGAAUCCUCACCCAUUUCUUCCCCAGCUCAGCUCCCUCCAAAAUACCAGCUUGGAUCUACCUCAUACUUGCCCGACAAAUUGCCCAAAGUGGAGGUGGAUAGUUUUCUGGCGGAGCUUCCUGGAAGCCUGUCUCUCUCAUCCGCUGAACCCCAGCCCGCCUCACCUCAGCCGGCGGCAGCUGCGGCCCUCCUAGAUGAAGCACUGCUCGCCAAGAGCCCCACCAACCUCUCUGAGGCCCUCUGCGCUGCUAACGUGGACUUCUCCCAUUUGCUGGGCUUCCUGCCCCUCAACCUGCCCCCAUGCAACCCACCUGGGGCCGCAGGAGGCCUGGUCAUGGGCUACUCCCAGGCUGAGGCCCAGCCUCUGCUUACCACCUUGCAGGCUCAGCCUCAAGACUCCCCGGGCACUGGGGGGCCGCUGAACUUUGGGCCUCUGCACUCCUUACCCCCUGUCUUCACCUCUGGCCUGAGUAGCACCACCCUGCCUCGUUUCCACCAAGCAUUCCAAUAGCCCCCACAGAGGCCUCAGCUCAGCUUCUGGCUCUGGCGGAGAGCCUUAGGCCCCACCCCGUCCGUGUCCCCCGUGAAGGCAGCUGAGCUUUCAGAGCUGGGUUCAAAAAGAGAAAAUCCAGUGUCUGUAUGGAGCACUUCGUUUGGGGGUUCAGGCUCUAGGAUUGAUUCCGGGAGGAGUCUGAGCUCCAACCCCAUGAAAAGAUCUCAUACCAUAGGACUUCAGGUAUUUUUACUUUCAUGUUUUUGAUCUGAAUCGGGAGCCACGCUUAGCCCUCUUCCUCUCCAAAGUGUCAGAACCUCCUUCUCUGUGGAAAAGGGGGACCUCUUGGAAACACAGAGGGUUUCACCUUGGAUGACCUCAAGAGAAACUGCCCAAGAAGACCGCCUUCUGGUCCCCACCUGCAGACCACACAGCAGCCAGUUGGCCAGGCCCUGUUGCAGAAGGUCGCUUGUCUCCAGUGCCUGCUUCCAGCUGACAGGCAGGAAGGAGGGCCUCUCUUCUUCCCAACCAGCCCCACCCCUCCUGUCCAGCACCUCCGUUUUCAGUCAGUGUUGUCCAGCAACGGUACCGUUUACACAGUCGCCUCAGACACACCAUUUCACCUCCCUUGCCAAGCUGUUAGCCUUAGAAUGAUUGCAGUGAACACUGUUUACACACCGUGAAUCCAUUCCCACCAGUCCAUUUCAGUUGGCACCAGCCUGAAUCACUUGGUACCUGGUGUUAACUGGAGUCCUGUUUACAAGGCGGAGUCGGGUCUUGCUGACUUCUCUUCACUUGAGGUCACAUUUUUCCCCUGUGGGGAAAUAAACUGACUUUGGACUGCUUCAGUCUCUGCCAUCUUCCAUGACUGCGUCUGUUCCUGCCUUCCUCGGCAGUAUGCACAGGAAACCGGCAAGAAGACCGGAGCAGUUUUCUCACAGGCCUGCAAGUCUGUUUUUCUUCAAGUACAUCAUGACCCCCUCAUCCUCCAUUUGAGCUGGAGAGGGGAAGAAAUGAAAGGCAUGCCCACAUCACCCCCUCGUCCCCUAAUCCCCAUUCUGAGCAUCAUGAGCUGUUGUUACUAGAUUGGAAGGAGGGACUCUGGGUUCUGGGUUGCUGUGGAAGCAGAGGUGAGGAUGCGAGUCCCUCAUUUGUCUCCUGACUGUCCCUUUUCCAGGAAGUUGUGGAGUUGUUGGAAGAAGAGUUUUCAGAAAUUUAGGACUGGGCAGAUACUUAAGUCCUAAUCUAUGGGGUACAUUGUUGCCUCCCAAACCAAAUUUUUUCUUAUCCCCGAUGUCCCUUCUGUCUCUUCCACUUUGCAGUCCCCAGGGACUCAGGGCCACCGUGCAUAGGCUUCUCUGCUCUCUAUCAAAGAACUUCCACUUUCUUGUGGCCCCUCCUUGGUUUUGCCCCUAAUGUCCAGCAAAGUUUCUUGCAACAAAUGAUGUGUUCUCUUCUGCUUGUAGGCUCCCUGCUACAGACAGCCCAGCCCUUGCCCAGAACCAGGUGAACCCCAUCCUCGCUUCAUCUCAGUUCUUCAUGGGCUUGCUCUUCCCACUCGUGAAAGGGGGGCAGCUCAGGGACCUCCACUGUGGGACCCUUGAGACCUCCACUCUGAUUCAGAAACACACUUCUACCUCUCUACUGUUAACUCCUACAGAUGCAGCCAGCAGUUCGGGGCACUUCUCUCAGUGGGUGCCUCCUGCUGGCUUCUCCACUAGGGUUUCAGGACAAACUACCAGGGAACUGCCUCAGCCUCCCGCCAGUCUGUUCCCCAUCCCUUCUGUCUAGACUCACUUUGGUUUGCUAUCAGGAACUGAGCAGGUCCAGGACUCAGGCCUCUGUUUCAACCCAGGCCAGUACUUGAGGUGAAAGCCUUAACGUUUAGCUCCCUAGCCAUUGUUGGAAGCAAUUUGGAGUGAGUAAGCGUGUUUUGACUUAGGCAGGGUAGCUUGGGAUACCUUUAAGAAAAAAUAACCAGAUAUCAAAUUGUCUGGCAAGGUUAGAAUCAACUAGGUGAUUUGCUUCUAAAAAUUAGUUUCAGUGAGUCCCAGGGACUAAUUCAGGUUUAUUUCUAAAAUGUCUACCUUGGUUCGCAGCCACCCCCUGCAUGCUGUGCAUGUUACUGGGACUCAGGAAGUGGCACGUGAGAAUCCAAGUGGGCCUCGCUGCUGCAUUCUCCCUGUCCUGUCUGGUCUUCAUCACAGACCCAGCAGUCCUGCUCCCCUUCCCUGCCACCUUCUCUGAUCCUCAGUUUACAGAGGCAGACGAGCCUCUAGCCACAGACUAGAAAGUCCUGGGCUGUUGGAGGAGUCCUGUCCUCUCUGCCUGCCUUCUGCCCCUUCCUUGAAUUCUGUUUCCCUGUAGGUGAUGCUGGGAAACUCAUAGGACCAGAAAAGUAACCAUUAAACCCUUGUAACUGGGGCCUUGCCCCCUCCCCAUUCUUUUCUUUGCCUUGCCAUACUUCUGUCUCCUCCCAUCCGUCUGUGUCUCCUCUUCCGUCAGUGCCCUCACCACUCGCAGGGAAUUUUCCUAUGACUGUGAACUUCGCUGGUGCAGAGGAAUAUGAUCUGCCUUCACCUUUUUUUUGGACCAUAGUCACCCAGCCAUUCUUAAACCUCCCUUCCCAAAAUCUGAAAGGAAAAAAAAUAAAAGCCUUACUAACCUGGUUGUUCAAAGGAUAAGAAUAGCUUUAUCCUAUACUCAAUACCCAAACUCACUUUAGCAUGUUUACUGAGGCUGUGAGAGGCUGAGGGGCAUCUGCCAGGACAGAAGCCAUGGCAUGUGGCAAAAACCAAUCAGAUACCAGAAAAAGGGGUGGUAUCCUCCCCCCCCCCAACCUCCAGCUUCUGUCAGCAAUGAGCUGUCCCGAAUAGGGGCAGGGCCCUCCCACCCUGCACAGGAGUUCCUCGGGGCUGAGUAGCAGUCCUGGGAACAAGGGGAUGACAUGCCCAGGUGUCAGCUCAGAUGGUCUCUGCACCAUCUUAGAGGUGGGAGGUAGGCAAAGGAUCACCAAUAAGUUCCUCCCCUCCCCAACCUUUUACAAAUGGCGUUGUGUUCAUGGAAAUCCAGGAGGCAGGUGUGAUUACUUUUUUGCUCGUAGAUAUUGUCCUAAGUUGGAAUUCUCCCCCUGCCCUGGACUCUUCCUAGUGGCCCUUUAAAUCCCCCCCCCCCUUUUGGUAGCUGUUUCUCUACCUUCUGUCCAUCUCCCCUCUUAUCUAGGACCUGCACGAUUUUUUUUUAACAGGUUAUAUUGUACAGGAUCAAUAUUUUGCUUUUUAACAAGGAUAUUUAUGUAAUAAGAAACUUUGCCUUAGGCAGGUGUUGGCCAGAAAAGUCCAGAUUCCUCUGGGACCUCACCCUGGCCUCUCCUGGAGCUCUGAACCUGCUGUGGAAGGAAUUGGCCGUGACCUUUACCACUGGAGAGUAGGGUCUGUGGCGAGGGAAAGAGGUGUUCACCAUAAUAAUCUAGUGCCUCCACGGAGGGUUUGGAACAAAUCCAGUUCAGUUUCUUCGUGUGUCGGCUAACUUCCUGAGCUGAUUCUCCUGUACACACCUCUCCAUCUCUGCAUAUUUGGCACUAGAACUCCUGAAACACCACCUCUCAUGCUCUUCCCUCCCUACCAGCGGUCAAGGUUGUGGAGCCACUCUUUUGUAACGCCAGAUUAUUUAAAGAGAGAAAAAUACAAGACAAAAAUCUUCUAGCACUUUGUAAACACAGUGAAUAACCUCUUGGAGUAUUUUUGGCUUUAUAUAAAACAAGGUUUUUAAUUGUAAAAUAUAAGUGCCAUUAGAAAAUGCACAGGGCAUAUCUUUGUUAAAGUAGAUUUUUCAAUGUUUUACAGAAUUACAUUUUCAAAAAAAGGUUUUUAUAAUGAAGUUGUUUAUUAAAAACUUCUGAAUGAUGUG